UGCUGUAUCCCAAGAGCGACUCAAUUCCCACUCCUCCUUCCUCUUGCACUUGGACUUGGACUUCAGACUUGCUACAAUACAACGACUACAACAUCUACAUCCUCCAAACUCGUCACUGGACCCCAAAGGCCAAACAUAUCAUUAUCCUCCCGGCCUAACCUCACCGGAAGAAACAAGACACAGAGACCUCUCCCGCUGCAUAUAGCAUCAUAUUUGCAACCCAAAUUGUACAAAGCCUGGCUUGAAGAACACCAUCUCUGGUCUUCAUCUGCUGAACGUACCCCAAUCUUUCCAAAUCAUCAUCCCAACAGCAUCAAAGCUGAUGUCGAUUGAUAUACGUGCUUCUCUUUCGUCUCUCCGCUUUCCAUCUCGGUACGCCACCGUGUCGAGAGCCCAGUUAUCUUCAGUUCAUACUGGAGAUCUUACGAGACCAAUUGAUCGAGGUUAAACAUUAUUCAAACAGUCCCCCGAACUAUCCCAAAGAUUAGAAGCUGCUAAAUCCUUGACGGUCAAUAUGGCUCUUCCAAGCGUCGUCGUUCCAAACAUACAUGCCUCCACUGUGAUUCUCGAGAAGACAGCCCCGAUCGUCAGCACGAUGCCCCCGGCAACUCUUCCAAACGGCGUUCGCGUCGUGGCUCCUCACGAAUACAAGGAGGCUGCUGCUUGCUUGGCCGAGAGUUUUGCCUCGGACAAGAUUGUCAGGUAUUACGUGGACACUCCAGAUCGAAUGCACCUGAGUGAGGAAGAGCGCUUUGCUCUCCAUCAAGCCGCCAUGGAAUACGUGACCUAUGCACACUGUUUGCAAGGACUCGUGCUAACCAUUGGCGAUUUUGACUGCGUUGCUCUCUGGCUCCCACCGGGCAAGAACAUCGAUGACUGGUGGACCAUGUUGAGGUCUGGCCUUUGGAGGUUGAAUUAUAAGCUCUCGAAAGAGGGUAAGAUUCGAUUCUUUGAAGAGUUCCUCCCUCUAUUGGCCACGACUAAGCUAGAGGUCCUUGGUGAAAGAGACAACACCUCGUGGUACCUGAACUACGUAGGCACUAAACCAGCAGCGCGAGGCAAAGGCUAUGCCCGUAAAUUGAUUGAACAUGUCACCAAUCAGGCGGAUAUGCAAGGUUUACCUUGCUACCUGGAGAGCUCUCACGACAUCAACAUCAUCAUAUAUGGCAAGAUGGGUUUCGAGCUCAAAAAGCAGAUCUACCUCCAGCGAGUCGCCGGACAAGAACUGCGCAUGGAUGUCAUGGUCAGGGAACCAGCCGCCUCCAAAACUGACAGCACCGAGAUACUGUCUAAAGUCGAGUAGAGAGGACCGUGUUAGCCAUGGUCAUCUUGAAAGGAAGUCCGCCAUGAAAGACUGGCAACAUACUACCAUGAUUGAGGAGGAUGAGUUGGGGACAAUGUUGGAGGACAACAGGGGUUUCCCUUGUCUGUCGAUUGAGAUAUUCAACAUAUACAUUCAUUUAGUGCAGGGAAACGCCAUCUUAAAGAAACUACGUCUGGUGGUCGACGUCAGCGCUCGUUAAAACACAAUAGAAUCGACUUCCACACUUGA